UGAGUUUGCAUAGAUUGUGCUUAUCUUGAGGAUAGUGAGACAUGGUGCAUUAAAUUUCUAUAAAUAAUGGUUGUUUGAACCAUGAAAAGCAAAUUAAACCUAUCACAAAGUAAGCUUUCUCAUCUGUGUCCAAUGGGGCCUUUGCUAUCAUUUUGCAUCCAUACUAUUGCUCUUGUUCUUGCGUGCAACAUCUUGGCAGCCUCUGGCAAUAAUGAAACUGACCUACUUGCUUUGCUACAACUCAAGGCCAACAUCAAUGGCGACCCGCUAGGAGUUGUCCGUUCAUGGAAUUCUACCCUUAACUUCUGUCAUUGGCCUGGUGUUACUUGUGGCCGUAGACACAAGAGGGUGACUGUUGUAGACUUGCGGUCCCUCAAGCUCUCUGGCUCCAUAUCACCACAUAUUGGAAAUUUGAGCUUUCUAAGGGAAUUAAACCUCCAAAAUAAUAGCUUCACCCAAGCUAUCCCUCCCCAGAUCGGUCGUUUACACCGUCUGCAGAAAUUGUUUCUGAAUAACAACUCGUUUCGUGGCCAAAUCCCACCUAACAUAUCCGGUUGUUCUAACCUUGUUAGCUUACAACUUCAAUAUAAUCAGCUGGUAGGAUCGAUUCCAGAGGAGCUUGGUUUCUUGUCCAAGCUUGAAAUAUUUUCUGUGGGAAAAAACAAUCUGGUAGGAACUAUCCCUCCUUCUUUAGGGAAUUCGUCAUCUCUUCAAGUAAUCUAUGCUAGUGAGAAUAAUUUGUUUGGGAGUCUCCCUCAUUCUCUUGGCAAAUUGAUGAAUCUCAGUAUAUUGGCUCUAUUCGAAAAUGGGUUUUCAGGCACCAUCCCACCAUCCAUCUACAAUCUCUCUUCGAUUCUGGCUUUUGAUGUAGGCUAUAAUCAGUUUGAAGGUAGCCUUCCAUCUGAGCUAGGCGCCAACACUUUUCCAAAUAUUCAAACUUUCUUCAUAUCCGCCAAUAAGUUCACGGGUUCAAUUCCCAACUCACUAUCCAAUGCUUCAAACAUAGCCAUUCUUCAUUUAAGUAGAAAUAAGCUUACUGGGAAAGUGCCAUCCUUCGGAAAUCUAAACAAGCUCACACUAUUUUCUGUUUCCAACAACUCUCUGGGGAGCGGCGAAGAUGGUGACCUGAGCUUUCUCCCCUCCUUGACAAACGCCACAGGUUUAGUGCGAGUGGGUAUAGAGAUGAACAAUUUUGGAGGAAGGUUACCUGGACGAAUCUGCAACUUGUCAAGACAUCUCUCAGAAAUAUAUUUCAGUCAGAAUCAAAUAUAUGGAGACAUCCCCAGUGGAAUUGAUAACCUCAUCAGCUUGCAAAUUUUCGACGUAAGCAUUAACAAACUUUCAGGCAAUAUUCCUUCAAAUAUCGGAAAGCUUCGAAACCUCAGGUAUUUGUAUCUUCUCGCCAACAAUUUCUCAGGUUACAUCCCAUCAUCUUUAGGAAACUUGACCGAGUUGCUUCUACUCACAUUGAGAGAAAAUAAUCUUCAUGGCAACAUCCCUUCCAGCCUAGCACAAUGCAAAAAACUGCUAGCUUUGGAACUUUCUUUUAACAACCUUAGUGGCACCAUACCCCCACAAAUUAUGAAUCUCUCCUCUUUAUCUAGACACCUUGAUUUGUCUAAUAAUUACCAUUUGAAUGGCGUUCUUCCCAUGGAAGUUGGAAAGUUGCAAAAUUUGGGGGUUUUGGAUGUUUCCAAUAAUAACUUGUCAGGUAGGGUUCCUGAAAGUAUUGGAAGCUGUGCAAGUUUAGAAGUUUUGCGCCUGGAUGGGAACUUUUUCCAAGGGUCAAUUCCUUCAUCUCUUUCAUCAUUGAGGGGACUUCGAGUAUUAGAUCUUUCUCGUAAUAAUUUUUCAGGCAAAAUUGCUGAGUUUAUACAAGAUUUUAGGUUAUUGGCAAGGUUAAAUCUAUCAUACAAUGAUUUUGAAGGUGAAGUGCCAACAAAUGGAGUUUUCAAGAAUCCAAGCGCAACAGGGAUCAAGGGGAACAAAAAGCUUUGCGGUGGGAUUCCUGAGUUUCAGCUGCCUAGAUGCAGUUUUGAUAAUAAGCCAAAGAAGAGAUCAAUGGAGAAGAUGAUGAUUUCUAUAAUUGCCCCACUUCUUGGAGCAACUCUUAUAUUUGCAUGUUUCAUUCUUUAUCUAUCAAGAAAGAGGAGAAGUGAUAAAAAUUAUAAUAGAUCAAGCUCUUAUGAGAAUACACUGUUGAAGGUGUCUUAUCAUAGUCUCCUAAGAGCAACUAAUGAAUUUUCUUCAGCAAAUUUGAUCGGUGCAGGUAGCUUUGGCUCUGUGUAUAAAGGAAUACUUGAAGAAGAUGGAAGGGCUAUUUCUAUUGCUGUCAAGGUAAUUAACCUUGAACGUCGAGGAUCUUGCAGGAGUUUCAUGGCUGAAUGUGAGGCAUUGAGGAGCAUCAGGCAUCGAAAUCUUGUCAAAGUGUUAACAGCAUGCUCAAGCAUUGACCACCAAGGAAAUGAUUUCAAGGCCUUGGUUUAUGAAUUCAUGACUAAUGGGAGUUUAGAGGAAUGGUUGCAUCCUAGUACUGCUGUGCCAGUUGAAGAAGCAAAAACUUUGAAUCUUCUUCAAAGAAUAAAUAUUGCAAUUGAUAUUGCUUCUGCAGUAGAAUAUCUCCAUCUUCAUUGCGAAACACCCAUAAUUCACUGUGAUCUCAAGCCUAGUAACAUUCUUCUCGACGAUGAAAUGACUGGGCAUGUAAGUGAUUUCGGGUUAGCAAAGUUCUUUUCUGAAGAAGGCCUUCAUAAUUCAACAAAUGAGUCAAGUUCUUUCGGAGUAAGAGGAACAAUCGGUUAUGCUCCUCCAGAGUACGGAACGGGAAGAGAAGUGUCAACUUAUGGUGACAUAUAUAGCUAUGGCAUACUUUUAUUGGAGAUGUUCACAGGGAAGAGACCUACUGAUAGCACAUUUAUGGAAGGUCUGAAUCUUCAUAAUUUCGUCAAAGUAGCUUUACCCGAAAGAGUAUCAAAUAUUAUAGAUCCAAUUCUCAUUGAAGGAAGAUCCAGGAAUAUGGGCAAUUCAUUUCCAAAUCAUACUCACAUGCAGAAUGACGACAUAUUGUUUGAGUGUUUAAUUUCAAUAUUUGAAAUCGGAAUAUCUUGUUCUGCUGAGUUACCAAGAGAACGAAUGAGUAUUAGUGAUGCUUUUUCUCAACUUGGUCGUAUAAAAAAUAGGCUUCUCAGGUAAUCAUCUUCUGAAUUGUUCUUAAUUAGUUAUAUAAUGUAUUCUUUGCAAUAUAUUUCACAAUUGCUUUAUGCAUUUUGACGAAUAAAGAGUCUA